UGGAGGAAACACUGGUGUGCUUGUGAUGUAUAGCAGCCAAUCUACAGGCUACAGUAUUAACCCUUACCGCGCUGACGUGCCACUUGUCACCACAGGACACGGGCGCUCAGAGAAGUCACAGUGCAAAGCAAACAAACCUCCCUCAGCUGCUGCAGAGACUUGUGCUUCAACAUGUCGUAUAUGGCUUCCUCAGUCGGUGACGGAAGUUUGAAACCGCUGCAGAGAGCGAUGAAAAUAGCAAACAGAGCCAUUCAGCUGGAUACCGGGAACCGGCACCGGGAUGCCUAUGUGGAGUACUUGAAGAGUGUGAAUUUAAUUUCCCAAAUUCUGGCUGAAGAAGCAGAGCAAAAAGUAAAUGAUGGUCUGAGCCUGGAUUCACAAAAGAUGCUAAAGCUAGCAGAACAAUGUCUUGAGAGGGCACGCACAACAGCUGAAAAGCUGGGUAAACCAAAUAUUGACUUAUUGUCACCAGAAAAUCACAUUUCUGAAGUUCCUGAUCCUCCAAAGACUAUAAAGGCUGCAAGUACCAUGUCCUCUUCUUCCAUUCCAUCUAUCUCCAUGACGUCACAGUUGUCUGUCAUCCAUAAGUAUGGGCACCGUCGAGCUUGCUCUGAUGAGGUUCAAAAGCUCAAUGCCUUUCCAACACCAGAAGUUUUUCAAAUGCUGAGGGCAGCAGAAGUCCAGAGCUCUAGAAAGGAGCUCACACCCUUAGAAGAGGCAUCCAUACAAAACCAGAAACUCAGGGCAGCAUACGAAGUCCGGUUAGCCCGACUGAACCCUAGGCAGGCUUCUCAGAAAACCUCAUUGACACUGUCCCUACAGAGGCAGAUGAUGGAGAACCUGGUAAUAGCCAAGGCCAGAGAAGAGACUUUGCAGAGGAAAGCAGAGGAGCGCAGGCUGCGGUUGCAGGAAGAGUCAAACAGACGGUUUUCCAAAAACAAGCAGAUGACCCCGGCUGAAGAAGAGCAGAAGACGCUGUACACUGCCGUGCUGGAAUAUGAACAGGACAAUGAAUGGCCUAAAGUCCAUAAGGAGAAGAUCAAGAGCAAUCCAAGUGACUCCGACUUAGUUUGCAGCUAUGUUUGCCAAAUCCUCAGCACAUCAGAUCAUCCAAUUGCCAAACUAGUAAUUCACCUGCAGUGCCAGAUAUACAGCCGUCUAUAUUCAGUCAUCAAUAAAGACACCACUCAGGAAACCUCAGUGUGCAAACUUUUUCGUCAUUCCCUUCCAGCAGACCCAGCCUCUUUAUUAGCCCUUAACACUCCCCAGCUGAAAUCUUCAAAAAGUUUACACUGUCUCCCCGGACCUCCCCGACCCUCCAUCCAGCACAGCCACUCUGUAGGAGAGGGUCUUGAAAGCUGGGAAAACCCUGGCAGCAUCCAGCUUGAUAGAAGUCAGAGCAAGAAGGAUAUGGAGAACUCUUUUGAGGACUUGGAAAGUUUACUGUCCCCUACAUCAAUGAGCAUGCCAGCAGCACUUCAAAGACUGACAAUAACACAACAUUUAAAUGUUGUUGUAAAAGAGAUUCACAAUGCCAGAGACCUGCUGCUAUCAUCCACCAUGUUCUCCCUAAAUCUCCCUUCAAGCCCACAAGUGAAGGAAGCUUGCUUGGAGUGUUUAGAAGACAGCUUCUUCCCACCUCUGUGGCCAGCGCUUCUUACUCUAUACAGACAGGUGUUGUUUGCCCGUGAGGAAUCUCUACUCCAGGUCAUGGAUUUGUAUAGUACAGCUAUGCCAUCUGUGGUUGGGGUCCCAGUAAAGCUGUACCCUGAAGAUAUAAAAGAACCAUAUAAAGCUGCUGUGGAAGAUUUGGAACAGCUGCCACAUCAAUGCUCUCCACAAAGAAAACUGGAGUGUAUAGUGAGGACCAUGCGUGUCAUUUGUGAGUGUGCAGAAGAAUACUGCCCCGUUCCUGGGACUGCAGCCAUUGGAGCAGAUGACCUACUGCCCAUCCUGGCAUUUGUAUUGCUGAAAAGCCACAUGUCUCAUUUGCUGUCAGAGUGUGCAGCGCUGGAGGAGUUUAUACACGAGGGAUAUCUGAUUGGAGAGGAAGGUUAUUGCCUGACCUCUCUACAGAGUGCCCUAGCUUAUUUGGAGACUCUUCCUGUGCCCCCAUCACCCCCACCUGUCUGAGGAGAAGAGGCAUGGAGAAACUACUAAUGUUACAAGCUGCAUUGGUCCUCUGAAUGGCUCUCACAUUAUUAUGCGCCUGACCUGUGUACAUUAAGAAAUUCUCAACCACUGGUCAUUCUUCCUUGAAUGUGAAUCAGAAAUAUAGCAUUACGUAUAUAAAUAUAUAUACACCACUCUUUCAGGGGCCAUAGGAGAUUUAUGGAACAUCUUUUCAUGGCCAAUACUUUUCUAAAAGUACAUAUAUAGAGCUGCUAAGACUUUAUGAUAAAAUCCAACAUGACUACUGUUACAGCUCUUGCAUGGGUUGUCUCCUUCAUUUUUCCAGAAUUCUCAUUACCUUAUUAUUAAAAUGUUGGGUUAAAAACACCUUUGUGAGCCACAAUGGCAGCCAUCUUGUCACCCAGCUUUUCCACAAACAGAAAUACUAUUCCGCUAUUGCUAAGAAAGCUGGUGGCAACUAAUAUGACUGCUUUUCUAGAGUACAGAUUAUCCUCUAGAAGUAUUCUUCAAUAAGGGAUGUAGCCAUCAGGAAGGUUUGGAGACAAUCCAUACAGGAGGCUUCAUUAAGGCUGUACUGGUUGUGACCCAGCUUUUCCAGAAACAGAUAAACUGUAACAAAGAAAAGGCGUUUAAUAACUAUGGAAUGAUGAAAUAACUUACCGUAUAUUAACUGGGAAUUUACUGAUUUCAGGGGAAAAUAUUCUUUCCUUGUAAAGAUGCAUUUUCUUGAGAAAAAUCCAACAUACUUUAAAACUGUUAGCAGAGCCUGGUUAUCAUGAAAACACGGAAAAGACUGGACAUAUACCACACAAUCUAUUAGUCACAUACUGAUUAUGAGCUUAUGAUAAGUAAUUAUAAUAUUGCACUAAAUUAUUUAUAUCUUGUUUUAUUUUAACAUAAUAGGCAACUUGUAGUUCCUCAGAUUCUUUCAACUUUAACCCCUUGCCGAAAAUGGACGUUCAUUAACGUCCAUCUGCGACUCUCGAGGUAUGACACGUGCUCAGCUAUAGGCAACCAGGACCCAUAGCUAAUGCCGGACAUGGCUGAUGUCCAGCAUUAACCCUUUAGACGCGGCGAUCAAACUUGAUCGCCGCGUCUAAAAUGAAAGUAAACAUUGCCUCAGUGGUGCUCUUUGGGACCGCCACGGUGAAAUUGCAGUGUCCUGAACAGCUUGCAGGAGGCGAGGAGGAUCCUUACCUGCCUCCUCGCUGUCCAAUCGGCGAAUGACUGCUCCGUGCCAUGGCAGUGAUCAGUGUAGGAAAUCAUUGUGUACAAUGUUAGAGUCCCAUAUGGGGGCUAUAACAUUGCAAAAAAUAAAGUGUUAAUAAAUGUGAUUUAACCCCUUCCCUACUAAAAGUUUGAAUCACCCCCCUUUUCCCAUUUAAAAAAAACUGUGUAAAUAAAAAUAAACAUGUGGUAUCGCCUCGUGCGUAAAUGUCCGAACUAUAAAAAUUAUAUCGUUAAUUAAACCGCACGGUCAGUGGCGUACACGUAAAAAAAUUCCAAAGUCCAAAAUAGCUGAUUUUUUGGUCACUUUUUAUACCAUAAAAAAAUAAAAAGUGAUCAAAAAGUCAGAUCAAAACAAAAAUGGUACCGAUAAAAACUUCAGAUCACGGCGCAAAAAAUGAGUCUUCAUAUCACCCCUUAUACGGAAAAAUAAAGUUAUAGGGGUCAGAAGAGGACAUUUUUCAAUUUAUUAAUUUUGGUGCAUGUAGUUAAUUUAUUUUCUUUUUUUUUUGGAGUAAAAUAAAAAUCAAACUUAUACAAAUUGGGUUUCCUUGCGACUGUAUGGACCUACAGAAUAAAUAUAAGGUGCAAUGUUUACCGAAAACUGCACUGCAUAGAAACGGAAGCCUCUCAAAAUUACAAAAUGGCUUUUUUUAUUUUUUUUUCAAUUUUGCCCCACAAAUAAUUUUUCUGGUUUCGCCGUAUAUUUUGUAGUGAAAUAAUUAAUGGUAUUACAAAGUAAAAUUGUUAGCGCAAAGAAAAUUGAAAGUGUUAUGAUUUUUAGAAGGUGAGGAGGAAAAAACAAAAGUGCAAAAAUGAAAAAUCGCCAAAGAGGGAAGGGGUUAACAAAUUUCAUUUUGCCUGGACUUCUACAAUUUUACAGACUGGAGCACCACAUUUGAUUUAUGUUACAAUGAUGACAUAAUAUACGCUAUAAUGUGGCUGAUGUGAAACUAUAACUUCAUUUAUGCCAUUAGUUGGAGCUGCAAAAUAAUGUUCUAUGCCAGUGAUCUCCAACCUGUAGCUUUCCAGCUGUAGCAAAACUACAGCUCCCACUAUACUGUUGGGGCAUGGUGGGAGUUAUAGUUUUAACACAUGGUUUAGAUCACUAGCCUAGACCAGAGAGAACUAAAAAGUUCUACUUAUACUUUUGUGCUGAAAAAAAAAUAUUUUUAAUAAAAUGUUUUCCUUAAAUAGA